CAUUUUGCCAUUUCUUGUUAGACAUAGCGAUUGUCUGGCGUUUUCAAUUUGAUGCCAACAAGCUAUUGAAAGUUAUGGCAAACUCGUGGAAUGCCUCCAGAAGACCUUUCUAAGAAAUUUUGAAGUGUAUUCAAAUUCUGCAUGAUUGAAAUAUUGGAAAAUAACAUGCAUUCAUACAGUGAUUGUACAAGUAUUAUUCAAUAAGCUAUAAAAUAUUGUUUCUUUGCAAGCACUCGCGCAUCGUGAGGAUAGAAACAGAUUGAUAAAUUAGAUAAAUCAUCAGACUUUUGUAUUGUGAGCAGUGCUUCGCGUAGCAUAAAGAUAACAACCGGAUAAAAGCUAUGUUUAGAUGAAAUCAAAAUGUAACUAUAUAUAUAUCAAGGUACAUCAGAAUGAAGUGAUAAAACAUUUGUAGAUUUGUUGCUUGCUAUGUUAUGUAGGCGUUAAACUACAAUUCGGUGAUUAUAAGGAAAUUAAAUUUAAGAAUUAGAGAAAUUACCUGUAAGUUUGAUUGAGAUUGUUUUUCACAGUAUUUCGAAACCAUAAAAGAUGUGAUCGCUGUGACAUAAUUAUAUCAGUUACGUGGUCAGUAAAUAUGGAAUACAUGUGGUUGUUACUGAAAAUGUUCCAAAUGUGUCAUCAGAAAGCAUGAACUAUGUGCACUACAUCUGGAUUCUUUUGUCCAUUCUCGUGUCUGUCACAUGCUCGUUUUGUUUCCUCCAGCCGGAGUGGAUAAUUCACCCUAACACCAUCAAUGCAUAUGGGAUAUAUGCUUUCUGUGUCGGUCACUCCGGAUCAGAGGAACUGGCACGUACGUGUGGAUUUUACGGAGGCCGCUUUGGCUUUGGUAACAUCCCUUGUACUAUCUGGCAAGCAGCGUGUUUGUUGUACGGCGGCGGAUCAUUGUUUACAUGUUUUGGGGCUUUAUGUUCCUUGGCGACGAUGUGUGUGCGGACGGGAUGGGAUAAAACGUUGUCACUGGCGACCAGAUAUCUACAGACAUCUUCAGUAUUCUUGAUGACUUCUGGACUACUUGUGUACCCACUUGGAUUUGACUCGAGUUACUUCCGGUUGUAUUGCGGUGCAGGCGCUGAUGUUUACAACUCGGGCAUCUGCCAUGUAGGUUGGACAUACGUUUUGGCCAUAGUUGGAGCAGCAAUUUCAAUCUUCUGUCCUAUCCUGUCUUAUUUCAGUGCAGACGAAAACUCAGCCAAUAAUGGACAGGACUGCAAAAUGUAACAGAAAGAGAAUCAGUUCACCAAAUUUGUUUAAGUUCGUUUGACUAUUCAGCCGGAUGCUAUAAUCUUUGAGAAGUUUUCAUGUUAGUGAUAUAUAUUAUGUAUAUAAAUUAUUGCAUUUAAUUACAAAACAUUUUCUUGUUGUUCCUAAAACUAAACACAGUUCAUCAUUAUUCAACACAGACGAAUUAACAUACAAAGGUUGUGGUGUAGAAGGUUUAACAGCGCUGUGUAGUCAAAAUUUAGAAACGAGAGAAAAAUAGAAAAGUCCACGUUAUAUGCCGAAAUCAUGGUGUGGAGUUUUAUACUGUUGACAAAUGCAGGAACAUGGACGAAUGCUGGUCUUUAUUCUUGCAAAGUCGCUUAAUGUGUCAUUUUCACUUAAAUUCAUAGCGGGUAGGCCACCUACAGAUUGUACAGCACAGAGAUGUAAAUUGAGAAAAUAAGCAGUUUUGUUCUCCAUAUAAGCUGGCUUUAUAUUAUACAUAGCUUUAUUUCGCGUCUGUCAAAUAGUUAGAA